GUAUGGAAAUAAAUAACGGGGGCGCGCGUGCGCUUCGUUUGAAAGCAGUCUGUCUCGCGACUCCAGACGCACUCACAAACAGCGCGAGCCAGAGUGAACGUGAGCGCGCGCAGCGGACCGGGGACAUCAGGAUGGUGAUCCGCGUGUUUAUCGCCUCCUCGUCCGGCUCUCUGGCGGUAAAAAAGCAUCAGCAGGAGGUCAUAGGCUUCCUGGAGGCAAACCGAAUCAGUUUCGAGGAGGUCGAUAUCACCGCGCUGGACGACCAGAGACUCUGGAUGUACGAGAACAUUCCAGAAGAAAAACGACCUGAGAAGGGCAACCCUCUCCCUCCUCAGAUCUUUAAUGGAACCGUCUACUGUGGGGAUUAUGAGGACUUUUUCCUGUCUAAAGAAGUCAACACUGUGUUUUCUUUUCUUGGCCUCAACUCUUAAGCCUCAGGAUGCUGAAUCCGAGGUUGUUUGAAUCACCCUGCGGUACUAAAGCACACGAUUUGUGAGUAUCUGUCUUCGUGAGAGGAUGACGCCAUCACUGCCAGCUAUGCACCUGCCAAAUUUGUGAACCUCCUCACCAUCAAAGAGACUUCUGCAUACACAAAUACACACGUACACACGACCAAUGCGACAGUGAUGUGUUUAUGUUGUUGCAUGACUUGUCUUAUACAACAAUCCCACUGACACAGCCUGUGUAUUGUGUAUCACUGUGGAACUUUUUUCUUAAUUCUAUGACAAUCACUGUAUGAUGUUUGUACUGUAUGUUUGUGAUGUACUGUAUGUCUGCGAUGUUGUGCGCGUUCUUAAUGCGUGAACGAAUUCGUCAAAGCAAAUGUCAACAUUUUUUAAAAGAUGAUAAGCCAAAGAAUUGCAGUUGAGACAAAUACGUUAAUGUGUUUGUCUCGUGAUGUUUUGCUGUCUGUAUAAAUGCUUUAAUGACCAUUUGAGAUCAGGUCAGAUCUCAUGAUCUUACUGCUGCCUACUGUACACUAGUGCUACGCAUGUCCGUUCACGUGUCACGUUAUACACUUAACUAACACUUUACCAGUUACUGCUUUACCUCUCACUGUUACUAAACACUGACACUAGAGACUCCUUUAAUAAACGUCUCCUCACAUCAA